AGUCAAUUUGGCCGGCGACAUGGCGGAGGGUGGCGGCAGGGGCGGACCAAAGUCCAGCGGCGACAAUCAAAUAUCGCUGAAUCGUAUGGACGUCGACGAGUGCCUCGGCAGUUGGCUCGCGUACAUCAAGAUGUUGAACGGGCUGUGCUCGGCGGGUACGAAGCUGGCCCUGUCGCUGCAGGCGCUCCUGUCCGUGCACGACAGGAUGGCCAGGUGCAGGGUGACGGCUCAGUGCCUGGCUGGCUGGGAGGAGCUCACCCGGGCCACCAACGUGGCCAGUCACACGGUCAAGAAACACGUGGCCGCGGCCAUGAAGGAUUACGAGGUUCUCGACAACGACGCCGAAAAACACGACAUCCUUCGAGACAACCUGCUGACCUUCAUCAAUCUCCAGUACCAGUUCUGCGUCGCAUGCUGCAAGUGCUUGGGGAGCAUGGCCGAGUGCUCGUGCACCCAGGACGGCAGCGAGUGCGACAUUGCGGCGCUCCAGCAGUGCUUCGAGCGAUUGUACAGCUCACCGACGCCCGCUUCCUCAUCGUCCACGACGCAAAAUCCAUCGCAGCACAGCAGUCACAGGUCGCCCCUGCCCUACUCGCUCUUUCCUCUGCAGGUAAAGCGAU